AGCUGCCGAACAUGGAAGUUCUAGAUGGAGGCGACGUGAACGGGUCGGGACAGGCUGGGGAUGACAUGAUGCAGAUACAAGUCAACGAGAUAGAUGAGGAGAUGCUUGCCUACAUGGUCAAGCAGGUCGUAGUGGAGCAGACCAAACAUCACAGGAAGUAUGAGAUUUUCUUCUUGUGGGUGUUCAUGUGUUGUUGCUUCGUCACGAUCGCUAUCCUCCGGAAGCAAAGGCAAGAGCGCAGACUUACACAACGAUGUCGUUCCCACCAGUUGGAAAUCGACGAGGAUGAUCGUCAGGAAGAGGCACACGAAAGUCUUACGAGCUUGAAGAGACAGUGCAGUCCAAGGUGCAAGAAAGACAAUUGUGAUCCCACAAGAGAGUACUGUCCUGCGUUUCACAAGCAGCAGGAUGACUUUCAAGUGUUGCAUUAUCUGUCUUCGCUAUCUGGCAAGUUGCAGCAGAUGAUGGAUGAAAGUUACAAUCACGACUAUCGAAAGAAAGAGUUGAAGCCAAAACCACGAUUGAACUCUACUACAUCCCCCCGGCAAAAGACGGCAAUCGCAAAACAACGAACCCCAGUCUCUGGCAGUUGUGUUCGUUGGUUGACAACAUCUUUCUGAUUUUGCUUCGUCAUCGCCGACGUGCUUGUAUUUCUAGUUUCUUAUCCAAGGCUCGCUGUCGACGCUGUUGCCAUGAUCGCCUACCACCUUAUCAUCGCAGAUUGCAGCUGUAGCAUCAUUGUAAAGACCAUUGACCUGUACUAGUGUCGAUUAAACCCUUUCUGCUCC